AUGAACUUGGGCGGCGAGCCUGAGAAGCCAGCCCUGGAACAAUACGGUGUCGAUCUGACCACACGAGCGAAGGACGGAAAGCUAGAUCCUGUUAUUGGAAGAGACGGCGAGAUACACAGAGCCAUCCAGAUCUUAGCGAGAAGGACAAAGAACAAUCCAGUCCUUAUCGGUGCCGCUGGCACAGGCAAGACGGCUAUUGCCGAGGCGCUUGCCCAGCGGAUAGUCCAGGGAGAUGUUCCAGAGUCGAUCAAGGAGAAACGUGUUAUAUCGCUUGACCUCGGUCAACUCAUUGCUGGCGCAAAGUUUCGAGGUGACUUCGAAGAACGUCUAAAAAAAGUCCUGAAGGAAGUAGAGGAAGCAAAAGGGGGGGUCAUCCUGUUCAUCGAUGAGUUACAUACUCUUCUGGGUUUGGGCAAGGCCGAAGGUAGCAUCGAUGCGAGCAACCUCAUCAAACCCGCUUUGUCGCGGGGCGAGUUGCAGUGCUUCGGAGCAACCACCUUGAACGAGUACAGGCAGAUCGAGAAGGAUGUUGCUUUGGCACGUCGAUUCCAGCCUAUCAUUGUUUCCGAGCCGAGCGUACCUGAUACGAUCUCUAUAUUAAGAGGCAUCAAAGAGCGAUACGAGACACACCACGGUGUGAGAAUUACAGAUGGCGCUCUUGUCGCCGCUGCUACGUACAGCAACCGCUAUAUCACAGACCGUUUCCUUCCCGAUAAAGCUAUCGAUCUAGUCGACGAAGCUGCAAGCGCUCUGCGGCUGCAGCAGGAAAGCAAGCCAGAUCCCAUACAGCAACUCGAUCGCCAAAUCAUGACCAUCCAAAUCGAGCUUGAGUCACUGCGCAAGGAAACAGAUGUUGCGAGCAAAGAGCGGCGAGAGCGGCUAGAAGAGACCCUAAGGAAAAAACAGGACGAGGUCAAUGUCCUGAUGGACAAGUGGGAACAAGAACGUGGGGAACUGCAGAAGAUCAAGAACGUCCAGGAGGAGUUGGAAAAAGCGAAAUUCGAGCUGGAGUUGGCACAACGGGAAGGGAAUUUCGCCAAAGCCAGUGAGCUUCGCUAUUCGAAGAUCCCGGAGCUCGAGCAGCAGCUACCGAAAGAAGAGGAGACUACAACGGGGAAAAGCCCUGAUUCACUAUUACACGACUCGGUCACUGCCGACGACAUUGCCUCCGUUGUAUCGCGAACCACCGGUAUCCCUGUCUCCAAGUUGAUGCGCGGGGAAAGCGAAAAGUUGAUCCGCAUGGAGGACGCGUUGCGUUCACAUGUUCGCGGACAAGAUGAAGCUCUCACCGCCGUCGCCAAUGCCAUCCGACUGCAGAGAGCUGGACUAUCGGGUGACAACCGACCCAUCGCAUCUUUCAUGAUGCUUGGACCUACUGGAGUUGGCAAAACUGAAGUCUGCAAGCGGUUGGCUGAAUUCCUUUUCUCGACACAGCAGGCUGUUAUUCGUUUCGAUAUGAGUGAGUUCUCUGAGAAGCAUACAGUCUCGCGGUUGAUCGGUUCACCCGCUGGGUACGUUGGCUACGAAGACGCAGGGCAACUCACGGAAGCUGUGAGACGAAAACCUUACGCGGUCUUACUGUUCGAUGAAUGGGAGAAAGCGCACAGAGAUAUCUCGACGCUGCUGCUCCAAGUCCUCGACGAGGGUUUCCUGACCGACAGUCAAGGGCACAAGGUGGAUUUCAGGAAUACCAUCAUCGUGAUGACCUCGAACUUGGGAGCGGAUAUCAUAGUUGGCGAUGACGCACUCAGUCAGGCCAGUGAUUCUGGGGAGAUCUCGCCAGAUGUUCGCAACUCUGUGAUGGACGUUGUCUCCGCAUCGUAUCCGCCCGAAUUCCUAAACCGUAUUGACGAGUUCAUACUAUUCCGACGACUUUCCCGCGAAGCUUUGAGGGAUAUCGUCGACAUCCGAUUGAAGGAGUUGCAAGAGCGUCUCGACGAGCGACGCAUCGCUUUGGCCGUAUCGGAUGAAGCGAAACAAUGGCUCUGCGAUCGUGGCUACGAUCCUCGAUUCGGUGCACGCCCGCUGAACAGGCUGAUAGCGAAGCAAAUCGGCAACGGGCUGGCCGACAAGAUCAUCAGAGGUGAACUAAAAUCUGGUGACACAGCCAUGGUCACUAUCAAAGAAGACAAGAGUGGAUUGGACAUUAAGAUCUCGGCGUAA